AUGUUCGGCUUCGGUCACCACGGCCACCAUGGCCAGAACCCCCCGGCCCACGCUCCGGCCGCCGCCGGAGGCAACCAGCCCACCUUCAAGAUCUUCUGCAAGGCCGACGAGGGCUACUGCCUCUCCGUCCGUGACGGCAACGUCGUCCUCGCCCCGUCCAACCCCCGUGACGAGCACCAGCACUGGUUCAAGGACAUGCGCUUCAGCGCCCAGAUCAAGGACGAGGAGGGUAACCCCGCCUUCGCCAUCGUCAACAAGGCCACUGGCCUCGCCGUCAAGCACUCGCUCGGCCAGUCCCACCCGGUGAAGCUCGUACCAUUCAACCCGGAGUACCUCGACGAGUCCGUGAUGUGGACGGAGAGCGGCGACGUCGGCAAGGGCUUCCGCUGCAUUCGCAUGGUGAACAACAUCCGCCUCAACUUCGACGCCCUCAACGGUGACAAGGACCACGGCGGCGUGCACGACGGCACCACCGUCGUUCUCUGGGAGUGGGCCAAGGGCGACAACCAGAGCUGGAAGAUCCUCCCCUGGGGCGAAGAGGCCUACGCCGGAGGCAGCGCCAACGCCCCCCGCGGCGGCUCCUCAGAGCCCACCGUGCGCAUCUUCUGCAAGGCCGACGACGGCUUCAGCGCCACCGUCCGCAACGGCACUGUGGUCCUCGCGCCCACCAACCCCCGCGACGAGUACCAGCACUGGUUCAAGGACAUGAGGCACAGCAACCGCAUCAAGGAUGAGGAAGGCUACCCGGCCUUCGCCCUCGUCAACAAGGUGACAGGCGAGGCCAUCAAGCACUCCCAAGGCGAGGGCCACCCUGUGAAGCUGGUGCCAUACAACGCCAACUACCAGGACGAGUCAGUGUUGUGGACUGAGAGCCGCGACGUGGGCGCCGGCUUCCGGUGCAUCCGCAUGGUGAACAACAUCUACCUCAACUUUGACGCUCUCCACGGCGACAAGGAGCACGGCGGCGUUCGCGACGGCACCUCCCUCGUGCUGUGGAAGUGGUGCGAGGGCGACAACCAGCGCUGGAAGAUCCUCCCCUGGUGUAAGUGCCCCCUCACUCGCUCCCAUUUGCUUGCUAGUGGAGAACUUAACUUCUCCAUCUUCGCCUAA